ACCUGCUCUGACCUGCUCUGACCUGCCCUGCCUUGCUCGCCUCGCCUCGCCUCGCCUCGUCCCGCCCGUCUAUAUAGCAUGCGCGUGCAGUGUCAUACGGACGGCGACGACAUAUGACAUGCCUGGUGCCGAUCCGGACAUCCUGUCUGUUUUGAUGUUUCAUAUAUCGAGUUUGACGAUCUCCCCCCUCCCUCCCCCGGUGACUGCUGCCGUUAAGUAUUCUUCGUUCCCGUGGCCUUGAAAGAAGAAGAGGCAGCGGCAGCAGCAUCAGAGUAUCGUUGUGGGUGAACUAUACAGAAAAUCGACUGCUAGCCUGCCGUUUCCCCCCCCCCUCUGGCGAUCGCGGUCGACGGCAGCUUUGUGGCAUGCUGAAUUAGUGGUCGAAUCUGGUAUCUCUGGUGUCCGAUCGGUCGGCGCUUAGCCAAGGCACAGCGAUCGUUUUUAAUCAGAGAUAACGAGCGAAAGAGGGGGAGGGAAAGUAAGGAAAUGGUGGAAAUGUCCGGGAAGAAGAACGCCGAAUCAUCAGGCCCAGCACGACACUCGCACUCGGUCCCUGCAGCUUCUUUUCCGACGCACAAUUCCCCGAGAACAUGGUUUCUGACCUCGUCCCUGACGCCUCUGGCGGUGCGGCUGAUCCGGCAAUUGCUUACCCACGGUGACUACGUUGUCGCCUGCCUGCCGCCCCACGAGAUCGAGCACGACGAUCGCAGCGCCGAGUUCCGCGAGCUGGUCAACGAGUGUAAGAGUAACCGCAAGGACCGCGAGGGCUGGAAAGAUCGCAUCCGUAGCAUACGUUGCGAUGGUCGCGUCAUGGGCCAAUGCAGUGCCGCCGUGGCGGAGGCCAAGGAUGUGUUUGGCCGCAUAGAUAUCCUGCUGUGUUGCACCUCUGAAGCCGUCGUCGGGACGGUCGAGGAACUGUUCGCGACGUCGGCGACGCAGAAUUUAGUGCGCGACCAGUUCGAGACGAUAUUCUUCUCGCAGGUGAACUUCAUCAAAGCGUCGCUCCCGACGUUCCGCGCGCAGCACACCGGUCACCUCAUGAUUCUUACGAGCCUCGGCGGCCACAUAGGCACGCCCGGUAUGCCCAUAUAUACGGCGGCGACGUGGGCGCUCGAAGGGUACUGCGAUUCGCUAGCUUACGAGGUCGCGCCCUUCAACAUCAAAGUAACCAUAGUGCAGCCUCACAAGGAGAUCCAAUCCCUAACCAACAAAAUCGUCUUCUCCCCAGCGCUACCGCAUUACGAUAGCGAGAACAACCCGGCACCGAGCAUCCGGGAUAUGCUCACAAAUGUACUUAACUUGAAUCCGGAGACGGCCUUUGAGCCUUCGGACACGGAGAUCAUCCAGAGAUACCCCAAGCUCCCGGCUUCGUCGAUGGAUCGUCUUGUUGGCGAGACGGUGUAUGCGCUUACGGCGAUUGGGGGGCACGAAAACCCGCCAGCGCGACAUAUAGUGGGGUUCGAAGGGGCAGAGGCGGUUAAAGAGAAGCUCAAAACGGUAACGGAGGAGCUUGAGGAUUUUGUCGAAGCGAGCCUGGCCGUGGACAUCUUGGAAUCGGAGCUCAAGAAUGAGGCGACGCAGGAGAAUGCCAAAUCCGACGGGGGUGGAGAUCCUCCCGGCAACACGUCCACAUGAUAAGCAGUGGUUUGUAGAUACCUAUGUAUGAAUGCCAUGUAUUCCUGCGUGGGGGAAGCACGAAGCUAAGAGGUUGGCGUGAGGGGGAUGUGAAGUCGAAACUAAUAUUGCUCGGCUGUAAUAAUAGUGUUGUAACAUGGAGGACGAGAACGAGGAUAGUAGAAACAGAAAGUGGUAGGAGAGACAGCUGCUAGUAGCUAGGUAGCUCUUUGGGCUGCUAGCAAUCUCCUAUCGAUAACGCAGUAAAGCGGUAACCGGGUACGUAGAUUUUAUGCAUGUAUCGAGACUUCACCCCGGACGUUUAAGCUCUCUCCUUCGG